CAGAAGGGGUAAAAAGAUUCGACUUGGCGGUCGGCAGUAGGUCGACCUUUUGGUUUUCUUCGAGCUCUCCGUGAUUCGCCGAGGAGUGCAGGACGAUGGACUCUCUUCUUCUCCGGCCCUUUUCCUUCUUUCCUUGCCGCUCCUCACGUUGUUCUCGACGAGGUUGUUAUAUGCCAAGCCAGUACUUAAUCAGAAAAACAUCCAACAUCACAGUGGGAUGCAGUGUUGAAGGUCUUAAGUGGGGUCCUGUGAACCAUAUCUCUGGACACACUGACAGAAAGUUGGUGCACAGGAGAACCAAUGAAUUAAGUCAUCUUAAUGCUGCAUCAAGAGACCCUUCAGGAUCCAAGUCUGAAGCAAGUAGGUGGAAAUCAGCAUUGACUUCAUUAAAUGCCUUCUACAGAUUUUCACGGCCCCACACAGUCAUAGGAACAAUAAUGAGCAUAAUCUCAGUUUCUUUACUGGCUGUUGAGAGUUUAACUGAUAUUUCUCCUUCAUUUCUAACUGGAUUGUUGGAGGCAGUUAUUGCUGCACUUUUCAUGAAUAUUUACAUUGUUGGACUAAAUCAAGUAUAUGAUGUAGAAAUAGACAAGGUUAAUAAGCCGAGUCUCCCUCUAGCAUCUGGGGAAUAUUCACUGAGAACUGGAGUUGCAGUUAUAUUAACUUCUGCUGCCAUGAGCUUUGGUGUUGCAUGGGUUGUUGGCUCUCUGCCGUUAUUUUGGGCUCUUUUCAUCAGCUUUAUCCUUGGAACUGCAUAUUCAGUCAAUCUGCCAUUUUUAAGAUGGAAGAGAUUUGCAGUUGUUGCAGCAGUCUGCAUUUUGGCAGUGCGUGCUGUGGUUGUUCAACUUGCCUUUUUCUUGCACAUGCAGACAUUUGUCUUCCGAAGAUCAGUCAGCUUUUCGAGGCCUUUGAUAUUUGCAACUGCAUUCAUGAGCUUCUUCUCUGUUGUUAUUGCAUUGUUCAAGGAUAUACCUGAUAUUGAAGGAGAUCGUAUCUAUGGCAUUCGAUCUUUCAGUGUUCGGCUGGGUCAGAAACGGGUGUUUUGGAUUUGUGUGUACCUUCUUGAGAUGGCUUAUAGUGUCGCUAUGGUGAUUGGAGCCACUUCAUCCUGCAUAUGGAGCAAGUUUGUAACUGUUUUGGGCCAUGCAGUCCUUGCUUCAAUCCUCUGGAAACGUGCUAGAUCCCUUGACCUUAUGAGUAAAGCUGCAAUAACAUCUUUUUACAUGUUUAUUUGGAAGCUCUUUUAUGCAGAGUACUUGCUCAUUCCACUUGUGAGAUGAUUUUGAGAGUACAUUGAAAUUUCAAGUUGGCUGCCCUUUUCUUUGUUGAAGUGACUGGACAAAAAGAGUUCUUGGGCGCUUUACAGUUCUCAAUGGCGGCAAAAGAUUCAUGUAGACAUCCUAUUCGCGAGCAAUUUGAGAACAUGUUUGGAUGGAGCACAGAUCAAUAUGCAUUCCUUUCAUCAUCAGAACUUCUUUCUUUCUGUAUCAUCUUUAUUUUCCCUAACAUUUUUGUUGUUUCUUUAAUCACUACAACUAGUUUUGGAACAUUUCAAUUAUGUGAAAUCUUUCAAUCGUAUAUUUUGGAUUGUACCCAGAAGAAGUCUCAUCGAAUGAACAACACAUAUGUUGGGAAUGCUCAUAACUGUAACUUAGCUCACCUUUUUUUCCGCUUGAGUUAAACCUUCAUCCAUUCUGAAAUUUCUUAAAUGUUCACAUGGCACUAGAUUUUCUUUUCCAUACCAAAAAGAGGUAUGUCUCAUGUUGAUCGUUUCAAUUUUAAUGAACAAGUUGAUCUGCUCAAAAUGCUACACCAGUUAUCAGCAAUCUGCUGCAACAUAAGAUGAGAUUAUCUUCAGGAAAAAAACUGCUCUCUUGUCUCUACACAGAAACAUAUGCAGGUACAGAGGUCGACUGGAGCAUGAAUCAAUUAUGGGCUCUGUUUCAGCUGGGUGAGGGACAGUGUGCAUAAAAUUUCAGAAUUAGUUUACCACAUAAGAGAGGCUAUUUUAUCAGAUUGUGGUGUCCUUUCUAAAGAAUAAGUUCAUCAUUCUUGUGAUGGCCUACAAAGGAACCAGGGAAAGGGCAAAUUUUGUUCCUACUCUUAGGACAAUGGAUAUUAUGAUAUUUGCUUCCACGGCAUUCCCUAAAGAAAUGUUAUCAUAGAUCUGGGGAUUCUCAACAACAAAAGAAUUUUUGCCAGUUCAAGUAUAAGACAAGUUUCUACAUGGGCUGUCAGCUUCUUUCAGCAGGAAAUAUGAGAGAAGAUUUUCCAU